AUGCGGGAAUAUAAAAUCGUUGUACUGGGUAGUGGAGGUGUGGGAAAAUCAGCGCUGACGGUACAAUUUGUUCAAGGAAUUUUUGUGGAGAAAUACGAUCCAACGAUAGAAGACAGCUACAGAAAGGUUUUUGAAGUCGAUGGGCAGCAAUGUAUGCUGGAAAUCCUUGAUACAGCUGGAACAGAGCAAUUCACUGCCAUGCGUGAUCUCUACAUGAAAAAUGGUCAAGGAUUCGUGCUUGUGUACUCGAUUACGGCCCAGUCGACUUUCAAUGAUCUUAUAGACCUACGAGAUCAGAUUCUUCGAGUCCCAAUGAUUCUUGUCGGCAACAAAUGUGACCUUGAAGACGAACGUGUAGUUGGUAAAGAUCAAGGCCAGAAUUUAGCACGUCAAUUUGGCUCGGCAUAUUUAGAAACGUCUGCGAAGUCUAAAAUCAACGUAAACGAGGUCCGUGACCAUAUCUGUUUUGUACUACGAAAAAAAAAGCAGAUCAAUCGUCGGUAUCCUGAUAGCGGUAAAUAUCAAGGACAACCGUCGAAACAAUGUUGUCAAUGUUGCCUGAUAUGA